AUGGCUCCAUUGCUACAAAAGGUUAUUAAUAAUACAGGUGAGACAUGGUGCUUAUACAUUAACGGUAAGGAAAUUGUUCUUGAUGUCGGGGUUGGGUAUGUGUCUGUUAAUGAACAUAUCGACACUGAUAUCUAUACUAAAUUUGAAACAAAUUCUGGAGAUGCUGAUGGAUAUAUGCUCAAGUACGACGAUUUCAAUAUAUAUCUUAAUGAUGCUCUUGGCAAGUCUAAUGAAAUUGUAGAUGAACCAUUGCGUACAUGGAGGAGUGAAGAGUACGUCAGUAUUGACAUAAAUCAAGAUGCAAUGAAGAUAUGGUGUACUUCUUGUGAUUUAGGGAUCUAUAGCCCAGAUGGGUUUCUAAAAUAUUAUAAGUCUGUUAUUGCAAAACACAACGAAGAUAGAAAUGGAGGUAUUAUAGUCACAGGAGUUAAGGCUGAUGUUGGAGAGCCUAUGGAUCAUGUUGAAAUGAAAGAAGAUGUAGACGAAGGAGGAUCAUCUAAAGACUAA